AUGGCCGGGUCACUCGAGAUGCAGCCGUCUCGAACAGCUGUUGAGCCCGAGACACCCAUCAAAGAGGAUGUCGACUUUGUAGAAAGCACGGAAUCCGGUAUUCCUUCAACGUAUGCCGAUAUUGCAGCAUCACGUCUUUCCAAAGCCCAUCGUGAUUAUCUGCUCGAACGCCAUGGCACUUUGGAACUCGAUCCCAUGCCCAGCAUGGAUCCUGCAGACCCUUAUAACUGGCCGUCAUGGAAGAAAAUAGUCAACCUUCUUCUGGUUGCAUUUCAUGCGUGUAUGGGAACUUUUGCUGCUGCAGGCAUCAUUCCCGCCUAUGAGACAAUUGCAACCAAAUACGACGUUUCUGUCAACGAUGCAAGUUACAUGACUUCCAUUCAAAUUGCAGUCCUGGGUGUGGCGCCUUUGAUCUGGAAGCCGUUGUCGAACCGAUGGGGCCGUCGCCCUGUCUUCUUGCUCUCCCUAAUCUGCAGUCUUGUUUGCAAUGUAGGGUGUGCUGAAAGCACCAGUUAUUCGUCCCUUGCAGUUUGUCGUGCCCUGCAGGCAUUUUUUAUCUCUCCAGCGUCAGCCAUCGGAAGUGCUGUAGUGAUGGAGACAACAUUCAAGAAGGAUCGCGCCCGGUAUCUGGGAAUCUGGACACUAUUGGUGACUCUGGGAGUUCCAAGCGGACCGUUCAUCUUUGGCUUCGUCACGUAUCGGUUGAGUUAUCAGUGGAUUUACUGGAUCUUGGCCAUAAUCAACGGAGGUCAAUUUGUCUUGUACCUUUUCUUCGGCCCCGAAACCCGGUAUGUUGGUGGUGAUUAUGACACUAGAAAGCCCGCAUGGGUGCGAGAAUAUGUUCAGCUGCGGCGGAUCGAUCCCACACCUUUGUCGCCAUGGGACUUUAUCAGACCGCUGGGAAUGUUCACGCAUCCUUGCGUUGCCAUUCCAGCAGCCGCGUACGCCAUGGUCUUCUGUUUGAGUAACGUCAUGACAACGGUCGAAGUGCCGUCUCUACUGCAGACCAAGUUUGAUCUCAACGCCGAACAGUUGGGUCUCCAAUUUCUUGGUCCAAUCAUCGGCUCCCUCAUCGGUGAACAGCUGGGAGGUCUUCUGUCUGAUCGCUGGAUGAGACUGCGCGAAAAGAAGAUCCACCGCAGGCCUCAGCCUGAGCACCGCCUUUGGCUUAGUUAUAUUGGCUUUCUCUGCUCCAUCGUGGGCCUUGUUGUUUUCCUGGUUUGCACUGAACAAUCAAAGGAGGGCCACUGGAAUAUCCGACCUGUUAUUGGCAUUGCUAUCUGUGCCGGCGGCAACCAGAUUGUAACCACUGUGCUCAUCACAUAUGCGGUGGACUGUUAUCACAAGGAGGCAGCAAGCAUCGGAGUGUUUAUCACGUUCGUCCGUCAGAUCUGGGGUUUCUUGGGUCCGUUUUGGUUCCCAUCAAUGUUCGAGAAUGUUGGAAUUGCCGCCAGUGCUGGAGUAUGCGCCGCCCUCAUCAUGGGUGUAAGUUUCAUCCCAAUAGCCCUCGUUCACUGGCGAGGACGAUACUGGCGUCCGGCAGUCGAGGAAUAA